GCCCAUUCUAGUUAUCAUUCAAUCAUUCUUCAAGUGAUAUUGACGGCUGCUUAACGGAAAAUGGUUCUAUCAUCGAGUCGUUCUAGUAUCAAAUGUAUUUCAUUCAAUUUAUCUCGAGUACGAUUUGUCAGUGAACGGGAAACACAGUAUCAGGAACUAGUAGUAACUGGCAGUUGGUUAGAGGAGGUUAACCGUAUAUGUUUAUGGCAGUAUGAUGCCAGUGCAGCUAUUGAUGAUGGAAAAAUCAAACCCAUGUCAGAGAAUGAAGAUUGUACUGUCGCUGGUGUACUUGGUGAUACUGAUGAUGAUCCGCGUCUCUUGUGUUCUCUUGUGCAUCCAGGCUCUGUUCAAGAUCUUAAGGUUCAUCAUGAAAAUAAAAUUAUCUUUUCCGCUAGUUCAAAUGGUAGUCUUCAGCUAUUUCAAGCCUAUAAUGCUCAGCCAUGUCUGGUUCGACUAACUGAAACUGACUGGAUGCCUUUUGGGCAGCCCAUCUUAUGUGGCAAUAUCCCGACAGCUUUAUCUUGUCUUGCGCUCAGCGCCGAUGGUAGGCAUGUAUAUGUAAGCAAUGAAUUCGGUCAGUUGACUGCUGUCGAAGUUGGUCGUAUUCCUCGUUUUCAGAAAGAUGACCAUACUAAAUGCAGUAAUGAUGCAGUAAUAACAUCAGGAGGUGAUAUUUGUACAGUGAAUGCCCUUGAACGUGUAGAUAAUUCUACAUUAGCAAGUGUGAAUCAAUUGGGUCAAUUAAAGCUAUGGGAUUUACGCAUUGGUUUUAUCAAAUCACAACGUAGACUUUUACGUUCUGGGGGAAUUCAACCUCUUCUAUGCUUAGGCCAACAUCCUGGACAACCGCAUCUUUUAUGUGUAGGUGGUGUUAGUAGUUCUGGUGCACCUGCUUGUAUAUGGGAUUUAAGAGCUGAACAAUAUCCAUUGACUGAAUUACCUUGUGAUGGUCAAAGUGUAUGGGAAACAGCUUUUCAUCCACGUCAACCAAAAUAUUUGUAUAUGGCUACAGAAACAGCCGGUUUACUUCAGAUUAGUAAUCGUGAUGAAUCAGAUUCAUGGAGUGGCUCCAGUGGUUCACGUCGAAAGUUAACUGUAUCAUCAGCUUUACCCGAAGAUACAUCAGCUAGGAAUGCAAUUUCUUUUGAUAUUUCCAACACCUUAUUGGUUUGUAGUCAUUCAGACACUAUUUUACAAACUGUUCCUUGUGAUGUGUACUUGUAUUGAACAUGAAUUACUAUUAUUAUUGUCAUUAUCAUUAUUAUAAGUUUAUUGUUGUA